UGAUAUUUCCCAAGUGAUCGUCCCGUUUGUUUCUUUUUUGUACUUUUCUAAUUUUUAUACACUGCCACCCUUUUUUGUAUUUUUUAUGUUUUCGACUUUGUGUGCAUUUCUGCCUACUUGUGCUUGAGUUUUGUGAAACCUGCUUUCCAUUCCCACGGAUGAAUACGAUUGUGGUUUGUGCACUUUGUGGCUUUGUGCUAUCCUAGUGGCCAGUUAACCACCCUUGGUGUGCGCUUAUUCUUUCGAAGUUCUUCGAAAGAAGAUUCUUAUUCUACCAUUCCGCAUCUCCAGCCUCUUACUCGUCAUUUCUAACAUGCUAAUAAUAAUUCAGAUCUUUUCUGAUUACUUAACUUCCAACCGCCGUUUUACUCCUUCUUUAAAACAUAUGUAAUUGCCCGCUUGUCAUAUUACAGAACCAUGUGUUUUUAUCAACAUUUAUAGCUAUUACGACUUAUGCCCAAACUCCACUUUGCUGAUUUAUAUUCUCUCUGUUGCUGCCCUAUUAUUUUGUGAGCAAACUUACUAACAAUCUGUGUGACUAAUUUGUCGCCUAGAACAACAUUAAAGUUAAGUUAAGUCCAUGUACUGGAGAUUUUUCGCAGCUGCUUGCUUAUCUUUUUCAAAGGUUUUUAAAUUUUUUUUUGGUUUUUUUGUCCCCAUCCAAUGUGUAAAACAAAAAAUGUAAAACAAAGCAUUUCUGUAGUAAAGCCCCUGAACGUUUCAUGUUAUUCUACUCGUAGUUUUUGGUCUGAAUUUUGAUCUCAGAUAACCACUGUAUCGCUUCGUAUAGUACUGUACGUAUUACUGCGAGCACUCUUCAUUCAGGUGUGUAGUAGCUCUAAGCCUCUAGUUCUACCUACCUAUAUCGAUGCCACAAAAACGUUGUGGAUUCUUGAAUGGAGUUACCAACAUUUAUCAGUCCUUGCGCGGAUCCCGAUUGCUCUCGCGCGUCUCGUGUGCGAAACUUUGAAGAGAAACCAGACGACUUUGAGGAGCAUAACCCUCCGGAGCAGCCUGUCGAUGGCGAUGAUGUAUCACUAUGGUGGUCUGCGGCGGAUUCUCCUGUGGAGAUUAAGAAUAGAUCAGCAUUCAUAUCCAGUACUGAACACCUGAGAUUCACGGAUGCUCUCGACGAUCUCGAAGGAAGCUGGUUGCAAGUGUUAUUAUUCGCGAUGGAUGUUGAAUAUCAUGCCUGUCCUCAUGACGAUAACGAAUUGCCCCCGCAGCCAGAGACGAUUGUAGAUCUGGUAAAGUUAUACCGCGACGGCGCCGUUUUUCCUGCUGAUUUUAUCGCCGCAGCCGUGCGGUCUUCGUGCGGAGCCGUCACUGGGCGUUUCUUUCCGGUGCGGUCCAGUAUGAAUCUCUCGUUAGACAGAAUGUUGGCGUACUGGUUACGCCAGGGCAGUGUUCCGGUUCUGUGCGUAAAUGUGCCUUUGGAGGAUGAUCUGGAUGAAGGUUGGCAGUAUUUUGUCGUGUUCAAAGUGGAGAAUGGACGCAUUGAUUUCAUGAUGCCUUCGGGAUUUUCCCAAACUUUGGAUGCUGGACAUCUAUGGAAGUAUCUGGAUGAUUCCUUCGUGCAGUAUGCGUGCCCGAAUGGAUUGCUAGGAAGACGCGGUAUAUCGUUUGAGAAUAUGCACGAGUUAAAAGAUAUCGGCGAUGGCAUAAAUGUCCUAGGUCAGAUUGCUUAUGCAUUAGAAACAAAAAGAGAUCAUCAAGCCCACUAUGGAUCUCUCGAAGGACUUUCGUGUCGAGCAACGAAAAAUCAUACUGACUCUGCAAAUACAGAUGCGGAAUUUAUUAAUAAAAUGUUUUCCGAAGGAUCUUCCAGCUGUUUUUCUUAUGAUCGCGAAUCCAGAGUGGACAGUAUAAGACUGCCCAGCCAAAUGGAAGGGGGGAUUUUACUUUUUAGUCGAACGGACCAAGACAAACUUUGCACAAUGAUAAAUGACAUACGUGAACCAUUGUGUGAUCCGAAAUUUUAAGUUUUAACGACGUUCUAUGUGAUGUUGUGACUUGCAGUAAUUUCAGUUGUUGAUUCAUGAAUGCUCAGCCUUUUGUACGUUUUUUGGGGAAUAAGUUUGGUUGGAUUGCCUGAUCUGCUCUGCUCUGACUCGAUCCGUGAACUGGCCUGUACAUUGAUACCAAAUUACUGCAGAAAAUACGAAACUUGAACAAUUACCUAAACUGAAAUAA